AUGGGUGCCCCUUCAAAUAGUCUAGCCGAUUUGGCCGCAGAAAUCAGCCAAGCCACCGAGCAAGUCAAUGCCUUCUUGGUUGCAAACGGCCAUCCCCAGCCAUCGUUCGAUCGCGAUGCACCCUCUGCAUUCCCGGAAGCACCGGCAGCUAUCCAGGCGGCCCGUCAGCAGAUUCUGGAUGCCUGCCAGACCAUGUUCGAUGUGUUGGUUGGACCGGCUGAGCAUCUCCGCUGGUUGGCGUGUAGGUACCACGACAUGUCUAGCCUUCGGUGGCUCUAUCACUUCAACAUUGCCGCCGCCAUUCCACUAGACCGGGUCGUCCCAUACAGCGAAGUCGCUGCUACAGCCAACGUAGAUGAGAACCGCCUGAAGAGUGUCCUGCGUCUAGCCAUGACAAACCGGCUCUUCUGCGAGCCACGCCCGGGUUUCGUCGCACAUAAUGCCGCCUCAGCCCUCCUGGUCACCUCGCCUGCCCUGAACGACUGGGUCGGGUACACCUCCGAGGAAACCUAUCCCGCCUCAGCCAAGCUGGUCGAGGCCACCGAGCGUUACGGCUCUAGCCAGCUCGCCAACCAUGCCGCUUACAACAUCGCCUUUGACACCGAUCAGUCCAUGUUCGUACAUCUGCAACGUUUCCCGGAGCGGGAGCGGCGGUUCGCCAACACUAUGGUUGAGAUGACCUCCACCGAGGGAUAUGGUGUGCAUCAUUUGGUGGACGGGUAUCCGUGGGAGGAGGUCGAGGGCACAGUGGUGGAUGUCGGUGGCUCAACAGGCCAUGCGAGCAUUGCCAUCAGCCACAAAGCGCCCACGGCCCAGUUUGUGGUCCAGGACGUCGAGGGGGUGGUUGAACAGGGCCGCGCCGCCUUACCUCCUGCGGUGGCAGAGCGCAUCACCUUCCAGACGCACGACUUCUUCACCCCACAGUCCAUCACGGCGGAUGUGUAUCUGUUGCGCUUUAUUUUGCAUGAUCAUCCCGAUGCCCGGGCCGUCACGAUUCUGCAGAAUCUCCUGCCCGCCAUGAAGAAGGGUAGUCGGGUCAUUCUGAAUGAAGGAGUGCUGCCAGAUCCGUUAACGCUGGGGAGGGGCGAGGAGAGGAUUGCACGAAUCAUGGACAUGGAGAUGAUCACUACCUUUAACGCGCGGGAACGCCCGAUUGAGGACUGGAAGAAGCUGUGCCGGGAUGCACAUCCGGGACUGAAAUUGCGCCGCUCCUUUAAACCAGCUGGGAGCAUUAUGUCCAUCAUGGAGUUUGUUAUGGAAGAAUUUCCUUAUAUAUGGACCCACGCCUCUGUCGCCGCGAUCAACCAGCGGCACGCCCACUUCGCCCAGCGGUACCCGGGCAGCUGUGCGGACCCGGACGACCACCUCUACGUGCUCUUCUUUACUGCCAUCGCCCUGCACCACUUCCGCACCCGGCUCCGCCUGCCCGGCCGGACGGAGACGCGGGAUGGCCGUCCUCUUCCUCGUCGAGGUCCCGCAAAAGAGAUCUUGCGAUCAGUUUCCGAUCUCGACAAGCCAGAAUACAUUGCUGUACUGCCACCUAAUAUUCUCUGGAUAUUUGAGAAUAUAAAACAGGCGAAAUCAUACAUUGAACGGGAAAUGGUGAAAGAUCAAGGCGAUCAUCAUCAUUUCUUUGCUUUCCUGGUCAAUCCAAUGUCGAUAGCCCAGGAUGUAACUCCUGCAGCUGACUCUAUAGAAAUUCCAGUGAUCCCAACAAAAGCUCCGAUUCACCCGUUGAAAUGUGAUCGGAAUCACCCCUGUGGCAAUUGUCUGAAACGUGAGGGUGUUGACGUCAGUUCUUGCAUCUACGCGGCCUCUCCUACACGGACACAGAACCACAGUCGAGGCACUUCGACACCUGAAGACAUGCAAACUCGAAUUGGUCGUUUAGAAGACAUAAUUCUGGCUUUGAUGCGUGGGGAUGGCAACGCUGAUGUGUCGAGCGCAGCAACUACAACCACUGUGGCUAAGACAGCGACAAUGGACAGCACAUCACAAUUUGCGACAGCCGGCCUGGCCGACGAAGCGACAAUACACAGCCAUGAUGUGGAUCGCCAUGCUGAUGGCAGCUUGGCCGGCUCUCUAGGUUACCUCAAUAUUAACGUUGAUAAGGGAAAGUCGAAGUAUAUCGGUCAGGAGCACUGGCAUACUAUGUUAUCGGAAGUUGCAGAGGUCAAAGCCUACUUCGCCAACCACGAGAAGGAGAUGGAAAACAACGAGAGAGUCAGGAUGUCCAAGCCGGCAAGCGCUAGAGAAGGACUCACCUUCCUCCUCGGGGCCGUUCCUCCUGCCACCGACGUUGAACUACGAGCUGAGUUGCCUCCCAUGUCGGCUGUCCUCACCUUAUGCUCGCGAUACUUCAACUCGCCGGAUAAUCUUGUCGUCAUUGUCCACUACCCGACAUUUCACCAGCAACUCCAACGCCACUGGCAAGACCCGUCCAAAACACCUAUCAUGUGGUUAGGUUUGCUAUACUCAAUAUUGUGUCUUGCGAUGCUGAGUUACUACAAAUUUGGGGGUGAACCUAUCGAAUGGGAAGGACAGGUCCUAAAAAUGGCAGGCGAGUACCGGUUACGGACCGUGCAGUGCCUGAUAACGGCUGACUACACGAAGCCAGUUGAAAACACAGUGGAGACGAUGCUGCUCUACGUCUUCGGGGAGUAUUCAUCGCGAUUUGAUGUUGAUCUGGGACUUUGGUUGGUCGUCUCGAUGGUCACCAAGAUCGCCUUCCAUAUGGGAUAUCAUCGCGAUGCAAAGUGGUUCCCAUCGUUGACGCCGUUCCAAGGUGAAAUGAGACGACGGACGUGGGCUUUGUUGCGAAUGGCCGAUGUAAUGUUUUCUCAUCAGGUUUCAUUGCCUAAUACGAUUUACAGUCAUCAGUGCGAUACACAGGUGCCCACAAAUCUUCUCGAUGAGGACUUUGGUCCCGAAACUCAGACUUUGCCUCCAUCUCGCCCAAACACUGAGCCCACACCGACUGCAUACAUGAUCGCGAAGGUGAAAUUAUGUAAUGAGAUGAGCGACAUCCUGCAGUCAACAAACCGCGUUGAUGGUCAGGUUCCGUACGAAGAAAUCCUGCGCUUUGAUACCCGAAUUCGUACGAUCUACCAGGAGCUUCCCCCGCAUUUGCAGGCAGUGUCACUGAAAGGCUGUCACGAUCCAAUUACGGUGAUCAUGAUGAGGUUCAGCAUCAACGCGCUUUACCUAAAGAUCAUUUGCUUAUUGCAUAAGAGAUACGUGCCUCUCGCGCGGCAAAACCCAAAAUACGCGUACUCGCGCCGAGCUGCCGUCACAGCCGCAUCAGAGACGCUACAAAAUCUCAUCACUCUGCAUCGUGAAUCAAAUGAUACCGGAGGGCCUCGGUCUCUUGAGUGGUUCGUGAAUUCGAUGGCCACCAAGGAAUUUCUAGUCUGCGCCAUGCUUGUGGCGCUAGAUCUUCAUUAUGACUGCAUAGCGGAGCUUAACAACGAUGAAAAAAUCCGGGAGACUGCACUUUUCUGGACAGUUGAUCAACGGAAGGAGAUGUUGAGCAAUCUCGAUAUGAUCAAGGAUUUCUGGAAAGGACUGGCCGACGGCUCAAUUGAAGCUACCCAGGCAUCCAAGGUACUGGAAAUCAUGUUGGAAAAGAUCAAGAGCCCUGCGGCCACACCGGAGAUCACAGAGGAGAUCAGAAGCGCGAGAAGCAGCCAAUUAUCCAACGAACAGCCGGUGCACAUGACUGCAGCGAUGCUGGGCAGACUUUCAACAGGCAUGAUGCCAAACACAGCCACAACCGAUGAAGGGACGCAAGCUUCUAGCGCUUUGUACAACAUGGACUUCAGCGACAAUUCGUCUGGCUCAAAUAUGAUGCCAAACUUUGGCGGAGCCCACGGGGACACCAACAACACGGGGUUUUGGCCCCCAAUGUUUCCAAAUUCCAUGGCAGGCGAUGACUUUGCCGAGAAUUUUGACUGGAACAUCUUCGAAAACUACACACAAAGCACAAACUGGGGAGGUGGCGACGCAUUUCAGAUUUUUUCUCGGCCACAAAAUGCAGACUGA